AUCCAAGAAUGUUGUCUUCUUCUUCUUAUUAUCGGCUAUUGUCCUCCCUGUUCUGUAUUGCGUUUCUGGUGUUGGCGGGAUGUUGUGAAGCCAAGAUAAAGCUACCAAACGGUUUGGUUGUAAAGGCUAUUAUUGCGUUCGGAGAUUCCAUAGUUGAUCAAGGCAUGAAUAACAACCUGUCCACCAUGAUCAAGACCAACUUCCCUCCAUAUGGGCAGGAUUUCAUGGGUGGACAGCACACCGGCAGGUACAGCAAUGGCAAGACUCCUCCCGACUUAGUAGCGGAAGAACUGGGAAUCAAAGAACUGGUGCCGGCUUAUUUGGACCCCCAUUUGCAGCCAGAGGAUAUCAAAACGGGAGUGAGCUUUGCGUCCGGCGCCAGCGGAUAUGAUCCUCAAACUGCAGCACUUAUGUCAGUUAUACCUCUUUCGGAGCAACUGAAGUAUUUUAAAGAAUAUUUGGGGAGGCUGAAUGGGUUGGUGGGAGAAAAAGAAGCAAAAUAUAUCAUAAACAACACCCUAUUCAUGGUGGUUUCCGGCAGUGAUGACCUUGCCAACACAUAUUUCACCAUUGGAAUCCGCCGUUAUCAGUACGAUAUUAACGCCUACACUGAUCUCGUGGUUGAAGGGGCUUCCAAUUUUCUCCAGGAAUUGUACUCUCUGGGGGCAAGGAGAAUUGGGUUUUUUGGGAUCCCACCAAUAGGGUGUUUACCAUCACAAAGAACACUGGCAGGAGGCUCAGAAAGAGAAUGUGUAGAGAGCUACAACCAAGCAGCGCAGCUGGCGAAUGCCAAGUUUUCAGCUGAGAUUAAAAUUCUCUCCAAGAAACUGCCGAAUUCCAAGCUGAUUUUCGUAGACAUCUAUGAAGACUUUCUUGACAUGAUUAAGAAUCCUGCAAAAUACGGAUUUGAAGUUGUUAAUUUAGGGUGUUGUGGCACGGGGACAGUCGAGGUUACUAUGUUGUGCAACAAGUUAUCAGGCACUUGUCCGGAUCGCAACAAGUAUUUGUUCUGGGAUAGUUACCAUCCCACCGAGAAAGGUUAUAGGAUCAUUGUAAAUCAGAUCAUUACUAAGUAUAUCAACAGCUUCACCUGAUCUAAUUAUUGAAGGAUAUAUGAUAUGAUAUGAUGCAUGAUAUGAUGAUGAGUCAUCAAGAAAACUGAGUUUCUGGUUCAGAUCGUAUAAAUUGCAUAUUUAAUUUGAACAGUUUGGAAAUUGUAUUGAUUCCUAGCUCAAUUGCUGUCGGUAUGGUAUAUGUUUUAAACUUUAUGUAAUCAAAGAAAACAUUGUCGAGAAGAUCGAAUUCUGUGCUUCAUCAAGAAUGUAUGUACUAGUAUAUCAUGAUG